AUGCUUUGGGUUUGUCGCACGGUUACGACUUCUCAAAAGGGACCAUCAAAGGCCGCCAUGAAUUACACCGGCAUUCUCGCCGCACUUUUCUAUGGGGUGAUGUCGGUGGCGUCGGUGUUCAUAAACAAGGCACUGUUCCACGUGUACCGCUUCAAGUUCCCCUACACGCUCGUCUUCUUCCAGACGCUCUUCACGCUCGCGCUGCUCGCCGCCAUGCGCCAGCUGCGCCUCAUCCGCGUCACGCCCUUCCACCUGCACGUGCUCCGCCGCGUAUCGCUGCUGUCCUUUGCCUUCCUACUGAAGCUCCUCCUGGACAUGGCAGCCCUCUCCCGAGUGAACAUCCCCAUGUACGGCGUGCUCAAGUCCGCCACCACGCCCUUCGUGCUGCUCCUCGACUACCUCCUGCGCGCCAAGCAUGCCUCGCCGCGCAUCCAGCUGGCUGUCUACACCACCGCGCUGGGGGGCGUGGUGGCGGGUGCGGGCGACCUCACGUUCGACCCCGCGGGGUACGUGCUGGCGCUGUCGUCCGCGCUGGCGACAGCGGCAUACGUGGUGAUCGUGGGGAAGCUGGGCGAGGAGCUGCAGCUGGACUCGUUCACGCUGCUGCUCUACAACAACUGCUGGUCGCUGCCCUUCGCCUUCCUGCUCGUCGCUGCCAACGGCGAGCUGCCUGCCGUGCAGCGAGUGCUGCAAUCGCGCGACGCCGUGUUCCUUGUGUGCUUCGCGCUGUCCUGCGCCUCUGCCUUCAUACUCAACCUCGCCACCUACCUCUGUACACUAGUUAACGACAGCCUCACUACCAGCAUCGUUGGUCGCACUAAGUCGAUUUUGCAGGGCUUCGGAGGCCUCUUUGCAUUCGGGGAUGUGCUGGUUAGCCCAACCAAUCUUAUAGGCCUGAUAGUAAACUCAGGAGGAGUGGGGUGGUAUGCAUACGAGAAAUACGUGGAGGCGAAGGCGAAGCAGAAAGGAGUGUAUGCUUUGUUGGCAGAGCGCCACCAUCACGAUGCUGACAGCAGAACAACCAUUGCUAGAGAUGGCUCGCAGGUGACCAUUGUUUUUGAUGACCAUAAGAAGGAAGACUUGCCUGAGACGAUGAAUGGGACUUUCUCAAGGCCCGAGGUCGUCAAGGCCGAAUCUGCCUCUCGAUUGAAAAUUGUCGCGCAAGCCCAGGCGGGUGCUGGCGCUGGUUCCUCUCCGGAGCCCAAGGCAGUGACGACCACUGAGGCUGAUGACUUGGCGUUUAAGGUUAAGAUUGGUGGAUAUUUUGCACUGUGGUGGACGCUGAACGUUGUUUUUAACAUCUACAACAAGAAAGUGCUCAACGCCUUCCCCUUUCCAUGGCUAUGCUCUACGCUUGCCCUUGCUGCUGGAGUCACGAUCAUGUUGCUGUCCUGGGCUACGCGUCUGGUGGAGUUUCCCGACACAGAUCUGGACUUCUGGAAGACGUUGUUCCCUGUUGCCGUCGCCCACACCAUUGGUCACGUAGCUGCAACCGUGAGCAUGUCCAAGGUCGCUGUUUCCUUCACUCAUAUCAUUAAGAGCUCCGAGCCUGCCUUCAGCGUCGUCGUCCAGAGCCUGAUGGGCGAGCACUUCGCACUUCCCGUCUACUUGUCGUUGCUCCCGAUCAUUUUCGGUUGUGGUCUCGCAGCACUUACUGAGCUGAACUUUAACAUGGGAGGCUUCAUGGGUGCCAUGAUCUCAAAUCUGGCAUUUGUUUUCCGGAACAUUUUCUCGAAGAAGGGAAUGAGCUCUGGCAAGAAGGUCGGUGGCCUCAACUACUACGCCUGCCUGUCGAUCAUGUCCCUCAUCAUCCUCAUUCCCUUCGCCAUUUGGCAAGAGGGCUUCCCGAUGUGGACUGCCGGUUGGCAAACUUCUCUCGCGGAGGUUGGGCCAAGAAUUGGCUGGUGGAUUGCGGCUCAGAGCGUUUUCUACCACUUGUACAAUCAAGUCUCCUACAUGUCGCUGGAUCAGAUUUCUCCUUUGACAUUCAGCAUUGGAAACACGAUGAAGCGUGUGUCCGUCAUUGUAGCGUCCAUCAUCAUCUUCAGAACUCCAGUUCGAUUGAUCAAUGGCGUUGGAGCCGCUAUUGCCAUUCUUGGAACUUUCUUGUACUCUCAGGCGAUUGAGGCCCAGAAGAAGGCAGCGAAAGCCAAGGCCGCACCUGCGUCUUAG